ACGGUUUAUUUAUUUGGAUUAACAGAGGGACGCUCGGCGAGACCUGGGGACCGGCCAGCGCCUCCAGCCGCCGCCUCCCGCCCUCCCUCGCCGAGGACCGGGUGCUCGGGAGAACGUCUGGACCCCAAGGGCAGCCUCCGUCCCUCCAUCCCGGCCGAUCCGCGCCUUUGGCUCCAGGAUGCUGAACGGCGCUGCUCUGGAGGCAGCCAUGCUCUUCCACGGGAUCUCCGGAGGCCACAUCCAAGGCAUCAUGGAGGAGAUGGAGCGCAGAUCCAAGACCGAGGCCCGCCUGGCCAAAGGCGCGCAGCUCAACGGCCGNNUGCAGGGCAUGCCCCCGCUGAGCCCCGAGAAGCCCGCCCUGUGCGCCGGCUGCGGGGGCAAGAUCUCCGACAGGUACUACCUGCUGGCCGUGGACAAGCAGUGGCACCUGAGGUGCCUGAAAUGCUGUGAAUGUAAACUGGCCCUGGAGUCGGAGCUCACCUGCUUCGCCAAGGACGGCAGCAUUUACUGCAAGGAGGAUUACUACAGAAGGUUCUCUGUGCAGAGAUGUGCCCGCUGCCACCUUGGCAUCUCCGCCUCCGAGAUGGUCAUGCGCGCGCGGGACUCCGUCUACCACCUGAGCUGCUUCACCUGCUCCACCUGCAACAAGACCCUGACCACGGGCGACCAUUUCGGCAUGAAGGACAGCCUGGUGUACUGUCGGGCCCACUUCGAGACGCUCUUGCAAGGAGAGUACCCAGCGCCGCUGAGCUACACGGAGCUGGCGGCCAAGGGCGGCGGCCUGGCCCUGCCUUAUUUCAACGGCACCGGCACCGUGCAGAAGGGGCGGCCCCGGAAGCGAAAGAGCCCGGCGCUGGGAGUGGACAUCGUCAAUUACAGCUCAGGUUGCAACGAGAACGAGGCGGACCACCUGGACCGCGACCAGCAGCCCUACCCGCCCUCCCAGAAGACCAAGCGCAUGCGCACCUCCUUCAAGCACCACCAGCUGCGGACCAUGAAGUCCUACUUCGCCAUCAACCACAACCCCGACGCCAAGGACCUCAAGCAGCUCGCUCAGAAGACCGGCCUCACCAAGAGAGUCUUGCAGGGAGAACAAAUCUUGGGGCAUUACAGCCAAACAUCCCGACGUUUGAAAAUUCCCUAAAGUAUUAAAAGAAGGGGAAAGUUUGAUCGGAUAUCCACAGCAGUGAAGACAAAGACAAUAUUAGGUCAUGAUAACCACACAAUCUUAAAAUCCAUUGAGCCAAAAAAGACACAAAAAAAGAGCGAGCGAGAGAGACUUAAAUGUCAUUUACUGAUCGUUGGCAACAACUCUGUUCUUUAUGGCGUCUCACACAAACGGAGGCUUAACAUUAUGUGGCUUAAAACCAAACGAGAUAAACCGUGUCUAGACAGAGCAACCGGGCCGCAAUGUGCCCACCCCACAUUCAAAGCAAAAUUAUUACUGGAAAAAAAAACGAAGCCCACACAUUUAUCAAGCACAGUAGUCGUUACGUCCCAAACCUUCAUCUCACCUGCUUGCUAAUGUGUAUUAUUGGUCCUCCCCGUUCGUGGCAUCUUCCAGUUGUAAAUUCAGAGCCAAGCCGCGGCCCCCCGGAGAGCAUAGGGAUCAGACCCCCGUGAUUUUAGUAUCAUGUUUUCUUCCUUCCUUUCGCAACAGGACUCUGCAUGCACCUCCGCGCCUGUCACUCCCAGUGUGCAUCUCUGUGUGACGACUCCUCUUUGCUGUUCCUUGUAUGAUAAAUAGCUUUCAUGAAUAAACAUUUCGUUCGAUGCAAGCAUAGUUAACUUUAUGUUAAAGACACACCGUUGAAGUUGAUUUUGGACGCGGCCUUGAGGGCCAGCGCGAUGCUUUUCCGGCUUGUUGGCCGUAGGAGGUUGGAUUCCGGGAUACAGUUGCUUCCUUGGUUUUGAACUUUUCACGACUUCUUAUUGUAUCCGUUGAAAUGUAUUACAAAUAAAAAUAAAAGUAAUAAAAACAAGGAGAACCCUAAUUACAACAAAAAUAAACUUAGAAUAAACGGCGUAAAAGUUAUGCAACUUUUUUUAGAUGAUUAGGGGGAAAGUCACAGACCCUCUGUAAGUUUACACGUUCGCUAUGCAAUGAGCAAAUUGACCCAAGGACACAAAUAUAUCCUGAACUCUGCCAAGGCCCGCGCUUUGCCGGGUUCCAAUGACCGAUGACUUUACGAAUAAAAGAGCAAGUGGAAAGAGAAACACGUCUUUAGGAACGAGGUGUUUUGUGUUUUUAAUUGUUAAAGGGAAUAUUUCAAGAAAGGAUUUUUUAACGAUUCCUAUUUAGCUGUGUAUCCAAAGCAGAUGUUACACGAGUUAGCAUAUAACUUGCCAGAAGGUUUUUCAUGAUGAUGAAUUUUUAUUAUAUACAAAUGAACCCUAUGUAAAUGAUGUAACUUUUAUGAAUGACAGACAUUAAAUAUUUCACUGACAUGUACUCUCAGAA